GAAAAAACAACUAUUCGGCGCUCGAGGGCACAGCCUCACGCCGAGACUCCAUCAUGGCAGUCAUUCAAACCAACCACCAACCACUCCGCUCCAUUCAGCCAAGCCAAAUCCGACCCUCUCCUCUCCGCUGACCAAUGGCUCAGUUUCCAUGAUCAUGCUGUCAGCAACAGACACGAAGGUCACGGGUCACACUCGAGUCUUGCUGCUCUCGCACCCGCCAUCGCGGCUCCGCUCGAGGUGGCCCUGUCAGCGGCAAUUGGCGAUAACAACAAAGAUGCUCUCACUGCUCAGUGCCUCAAUACGAACAACACCAAAAUGCACCGCCCUCCAUCUAUCCUCUGUAGUAUUGCCGGCACCAGCAACAUCUCUCAGGGGAGCACAAUACUACUACACAGCAGGCUCUACGCUGCAGCACGCCGUGAUGCCAUUGCUAGCAUCAACUUUUGGAUGAAAUCCUGCUUGGCCUUGCAGACGCUUGGAAAACACCCGCUCUCGCGUCGGCAUGCACUUCCUCUCUCAGCAGUGAGCAACAGUGGCAUCUUAUGCACCAAAUGGCAAACGGUGCGAUCGGAUGGGUGGGCCGACUCUCGUCUCCAUGGGCUCGUAUUUGUUCCAAGAAAAGGACUGCCCGCGGCCAGAUCUACAGUCAUUGCCAGGCUAGCCGGGGCUUUCGUUGGCCACCACAGGAUGCGCGACUGA